AAGCAGCUCUUAUUUGAAAAACCACUGGGUUCCUGAGUUCAUUACCAGAAGAAAACUAUUUUCUCCUGGUGAACAGACAAACUUGCUUCAGAACAGCCCCCCAGAAUCGGCACUCCAGUCAGAUAAAAUCUCCAGAGGAUCAUGGCAAGCUAUGCCCUGCAAAUUGCUGGACUGGUGCUUGGUGGUGUUGGCAUGGUGGGAACAGUGGCUGUCACUGUCAUGCCUCAGUGGAGAGUGUCUGCCUUCAUUGAAAGCAACAUUGUGGUUUUUGAAAACCUCUGGGAAGGACUGUGGAUGAAUUGCAUGAGGCAUGCCAACAUCAGGAUGCAAUGCAAAAUCUAUGAUUCCCUGCUGGCUCUUCCCCCAGACCUACAAGCCUCAAGAGGACUGAUGUGUGCUGCUUCAGUGCUGUCCCUCCUGGCUUUCCUGACAGCAGUCCUCGGCAUGAAGUGCACCAGGUGCAUUGGGGAAGACGAGAAGGUGAAGGCUUACAUCCUGCUGACGUCUGGGAUCAUCUUCAUUGUCACAGGUUUUGUUGUGCUCAUUCCUGUGAGCUGGGUGGCCAAUUCCAUCAUCAGAGAUUUCUACAACCCAGUAGUGAAUGUUGCACAGAAACGUGAGCUUGGAGAUGCCCUCUACAUAGGCUGGACCACGGCACUGGUGCUGAUUGUUGGAGGAGCGCUGUUCUGUUGUGUAAUUUGUUGUGAUGAAAAGAGCAGUGGUAGCUACAGAUACUCAAUACCUUCCCAUCGCACAACCCAGAAAAGCUAUCACAUGGAAAAGAAGUCACCGAGCGUGUACUCCAAAAGUCAGUAUGUGUAGUUAUGAACUUUUUUUUUUACUUUACCUGUAAAGCCAUGCAAGUAACUAAAAUGUUCACUAUAAUCUAAAGAAACGUUGAUUUGCCAUUCUUAAUUGCCUGACAAUUUCAGGAACUAUGCAUUGGCUAUUUGCAAUUCUAUAAGCUAUUUCAGCAGAAUGAGAUAACACACACUUCUUUGAUUGUUCUUAGAAGUACAGUCAUUUGUUUCUAAAGUGGUACGUGCAUCUAUUCUUUUUAUCAGUUACUUCAAAGGACAUUGUUAAAAACUGUGUUAUUUUACACUUGUGAUUUUGCUAUGACAUAGCACUGUGUAUGUAGAUGAGCGUGACACUUGCAUCUCACAUAAAUAGAGGUGGGCUUAUAGGGUUCUAUUUAAAAUGAAAUACCGAUCUAUUACACUGAGUAAAUAGAACUCAGCUACUGCUUUUUGGGGGAAUCAGGGAUAAGAUUGAAUAAGGUUAAUAUUAAUUGUUUAAAAACAGUUUAGAAAUUAAUGGUCUCCAUUUAUAAUGAAGGUUAAAAUGAAGGCUUUAAUCAGCAGUGUAAAGGAAACUAAAUGACUUUUUGCUAUCCCAUUUUUCAGCUUAGGAGUUAGAAAUCCUAACUCCUUUAUCCUCUUUCCCCAGAGCUCGUCUUUUUCUUGUAUAUUAAAUUAACAACUUUUAAGAGGCAGAUAUUUUGUCAAGGGGCUUUGCAUUCAAACUACUUUUCCUGGCCAGUUGGGCUUUAUUCAGAAGAAAGAUAAAUCCAGAGACUAAAAAACACUAAAGACUUCAAGAAAGUGCUUUUUUCCCUCUUGAGUUUUUAUAGUUGGAGAAGUAUGCCUUUUGACAGAGAAUCAUCUAUGUACGUGAAUUUUUUAAUAACACUUUGAGUUACAGACAUUGGCCUUUUCUCAAUUUAAAUACCAAAAGGACAGAAAAAUGCUUAGUUUUAAUUUGCUUUCCAAAAAAAAAAAAAGUUCUCCUUCAUGGAUUCCACCUGCUCCUGUGUGGAUGUGCGGAUAUCUAAGUCCAAAUUGUCAUUUUGUCUGUCUAAUGUUGAAUUUCCUACUUAUUGUUACAUUCUUGUUCAGUUUUACUAACACAGAAAUACUGUAUCUUUGUAUUAUCCCCAUAAGGGAUGCAAUGGAUAAUUCAAUGUCAAAAUUUAUAUUAUAUCUAAAUUUAUCUAGCAUAAAUAAUUGAGUUUUAUUUGUUUUAUGUCACUUGUAUUAAUAAACU